UUGGUGAUCCAUCUGUGACUGUGUGCGUCAUUUGUUGUCAGUUCAGCCGGUAGCUCUUCGAGAAAACUCUCAUACGAUCGAGAGCAAAAAAACUAAUGAAUUAAAUUACAUACGUGCAAUCACAAUGAGAGCCACGACGUUUUUCAAGGUUAGAUAACAAAGAGAGUUUGUUGUUAGAACAGAAUGAAUUCCUAUGGAGCUACGUUUUUUAAUCCAUCUCUGUUCACAAUAAACAAACGCCCGAUGAAGUUCUAUUUGGACGGCUACAAUAACCAUGAGGUUAAUGAGAUUGCUAGGAUUAUAGAAGCAUUCGGUGGAAAAUUAUCGACACCGGAUGAAAACACAAUAAUCUUCUCAGAGCCUGGUCGUCCGGUUACAAUGGAUUAUUGUCGAUAUCAUAUUCAAUGCCUGCAUGACAGUAUUGUGGCUAGGAGAUUUCAGGAUCUGGAGCAGUACAGGAUUCCUCUGAUUAAAGAGGAGUUCAUCGAGCCCUCGGACCAUGAAACUUCAAUGUCCGAUCAUCCUGCUAACGCUUCCACCACCACGAAUCCAUACCCAAGCUUAUUGAAACCAUGGAAGAUAGUCUCAGUAUCAUCUUACGCGGAUAUGCAUGAGAGGAACAGAGCGCAAUCCAUACAGCAGAUGUCGGAGAACGAUAACGUGAGCUCGUGUAGUGCCGCUGCUGACUCCGAAUCAUCUGAAUUCAAUAAUAACAGAAUGGUGAAGAAGAAGAGGAGCAGCAUUAGCAAGGAGAAGAUGAGAGCGCAUUCCUCUACUUUAGGAGACAAGAGUUUGGAACAACAGCAGAUAGGAGCAUUGAAGAGAAAGAGAGCUGAUGGUCAAGAUUAUUCUGAUAGUUCCAGUGAGGAGAGUGGGCUGACAGCCAAGAAGAGACGACUGAACGCUUGGAACCAGUGGUCAGAAGAUGAAGAGCGUCUCAUGAUUAAGUUUAUCAUCGACAAUAAUGGCAUCGACAGGUCGAGGAAUCUAACAUUUUGGCAGGAAAUGGAAUCAAAACACAUUCUAAUGAAUCCGUAUCGCUCAGCGCUUUCCAUAUUGACCCACUACAUGAAGAAUUUGAGAUUCUAUGUUGAUCGGUACAUCGAUGAUCCUGUAAUGUUGGAAGAAUUCCGGAAGCGCGAUGAAAAUUGGCGAAGGCUCCCUCCAGGGUACACGGAAGUCGAGAAGGAAAAAAUUUUGAAAUACUUGAUUGAGAACAAUGUCAUUUCGAGAGUACGUGAUAAGGAGAUUUGGGUGGAAAUGGAGGGCAAGAUAUUCCCAGAGCACCAGAGAACAGCAGGCAACUUGCAAAAAUUCUUCUUCGAUCAUCUCCAGCAUGACGUGGCCAAAUACAUUCAUGAUCCAAAAAUACUGGCAGAGUUCAAUCGUUCAAGAAGGCGAAAAACAUGAUAAUCUACUUUCAGAAGAAUAACAGAUUAACAUAAUGGCAUUAUCUUCGAUCUAUUCCAGGAGAACAGAAUUUAUUCUAAGUUUGCUUAAUUUAUUUUGUUCAACUUCAUUCAUUCAUACGUAUUUCAAUCGCACAACUCAUAAUUCGUAUUCGAUCUCUCUAAAUGAAUAAAUAUCAACUUUUUCUACGAUUUUACUCCGCACGUUUCAAUGAAAUAACUAAUACUAAUGGAGUUUUUUGGAAAGAAAAUAGGUGGAUGUCUAAAUCUGCGAAAGAUCCAUCAUCUUUACUUGAUUAGUUUUAGUUUAUAAUAAUAUUCAUUGUUUCAUCCUUGAAGUUGAUCAUAUGUAGAACGUAUGUUAAAUCGUUGUUAUAAUUUUUUAUCCAAGUUUCACGAUAGAAUAUGUGAAUAUUUCGUGGGAGAUUGGGGACUGUAUGUAUUCAAGGUCAUUGACUGG